AUGAGACAACACACCAAGAGCAAAAACCACACCAAGAGCAAGAACACAACCAACAGCAGACAAACACCAAGAGCAGACAACACACCAAGAGCAGACAAGACACGAAGAGGCAGACCAAGCCACCAAGAGCAGACAACACACCAAAGAGCAGACAACACAACAAGAGCAUACAAGACACCAAGAGCAGACCAGACACCAAGAGCAGACAACACACCAAGAGCAAAGAACACACCAACAGCAGACAAACACACCAAGAGCAGGUACAAACCAACCAAGAGCAGACAAGACACCAAAGAAGACAACACACAAAGAGCAGACAAAUCACAACAAGAGCAGACUAAGACACCAAGAGCAGACAAGACACCCAAGAGCAUACAAACACACGAAGAGCAGACAAGACACGGAGAGCAGACAAGAGAACCAAGAGAGACACACAAGAGAGCAGACAAGACACGAAGAGCAGACAAGACACCAAGAGCGGACAACCAACAAGAGCAACAAGACACGAAGAGCAGACAACACACCGAGAGCAGACAAGACACCAAGAGCAGACAACACACCAAGAGCAGACAACACACAAAGAGCAGACAAGACACAAGACAACACAACACACCAAGAGGGACAACACACCAAGAGCAAAAAACCACACCAAGAGCAAACAACACACCAAGAGCAGACAACACACCAAGAGCAGACAAGACACCAAGAGCAGACAAGACACCAAGAGCCGACAACACACCCAAUGAGCAACAACACAACAAGAGCAGACAAGAAACCAAGAGCAGACAAGACACCAAGAGCAGACCACACACCAAGAGCAGACAACACACCAAGAGCAGACAACACACCAAGAGCAGACAAGACACCAAGAGCAGACAGACACAAGCAGCAACCAAGAGCAGACAACACACGAAGAGCAGACAAGACACCAAGAGCAGACAAGACACCAAGAGCAGAAAACACACCAAGAGCAGAAAAGACACCAAGAGCAGACAACACACCAAGAGCACACAAGACACCAAGAGCAGACAACACACCAAGAGCAGACAAAACACCAAGAGCAGACAACACACCAAGAGGAGACAACACACCAAGAGCAGACAACACACCAAGAGCAGACAACACACCACGAGCAGACAAUCACACCAAGAGGAGACAACCACACCAAGAGCAGACAACACACCAAGAGCAGACAACACACGAAGAGCAGACAAGACACCAAGAGCAGACAACACACCAAUGAGGAGACAACACACCAAGAGCAGACAAGACACCAAGAGCGGACAACACACCAAGAGCAGACAAGACACCAAGAGCGGACAACAGAACAAGAGCAGACAAGACACCAAGAGCAGACGAGACACCAAGAGCAGACAACACACCAAGAGCAGACAACACACCAAGAGCAGACAACACACCAAUAGCAGACAAAACACCAAGAGCAGACAACACACCAAGAGCAGACAAAAACACCCAAGAGCAGAAAACACCAAGAGCAGACAACACACCAAGAGCAGACAACACACGAAGAGCAGACAAAACACCAAGAGCAGAAAACACAAGAGCAGACAAGACACCAAGAGCAGACAACACACCAAGAGCCGACAGACACCAAGAGCAGACAACACACCAAAGCAGACAACACACGAAGAGCAGACAAGACACCAAGAGGCAGACAAGGACACCAAGAGCAGAGCAACACACCAAGAAAGACAAACACACCAAGAGCAGACAACACACAAAGAGCAGACAAGACACAACGAGCAGACAAGACAGCAAGAGCAGACAAGACACCAAGAGCAGACAACACACAAAGAGCAGACAAGACACCAAGAUGCAGACAAGACAGCAAGAGCAUACAAUACACCAAUAUCAUACAACACACCAAUAUCAUACAAUACACCAAUAUCAUAA